CUCUAUGACCCCGGCUUGCGCCCCGCUCGCUGCCGCUCUAGCCGGGUACUUCCGGGUGUCGGUGGCGGCCGGUUGGAGGCUUCCGGCGGGUGCAUGAGGCGGAGGGCGGCGUGCAUGGGAGCCAGCGGGGAUGUAUGCGGUGUACAAGCAGGCGCACCCCCCCACGGGGCUGGAGUUCUCCAUGUACUGCAACUUCUUCUCCAACACUGAGCGCAACCUGGUGGUGGCGGGGACGUCGCAGCUCUACGUCUACAGGCUCAACCAUGACUCUGAGACCUCGAGUAAAGGCGACAGGAACACAGAAGGCAAAGGCCACAAGGAGAAGCUGGAACUGGUUGCGUGCUUCUCCUUCUUCGGCAAUGUCAUGUCCAUGGCCAGUGUGCAGCUAGCAGGAGCCAAGAGGGAUGCCCUGCUGCUCAGCUUCAAGGAUGCCAAGCUGUCGGUGGUGGAGUACGACCCUGGCACCCAUGACUUGAAGACCCUCUCUCUCCAUUACUUCGAGGAGCCAGAGCUGAGGGACGGCUUUGUGCAAAAUGUGCACAUCCCCAAGGUGCGGGUGGACCCGGACGGGCGCUGCGCCGUCAUGCUCAUCUACGGCACACGUCUGGUGGUGCUGCCCUUCCGGAGAGACACGCUGACUGACGAGCAUGAGGGCGUCAUGGGAGAGGGCCAGAGGUCGAGCUUCCUGCCCAGCUACAUCAUCGAUGUGCGGGAGCUGGAUGAGAAGUUGCUCAAUAUCAUCGACAUGCAGUUCCUGUACGGCUACUAUGAGCCCACGCUGCUCAUCCUCUUUGAGCCCAACCAGACCUGGCCGGGGCGGGUGGCAGUGCGACAGGACACCUGCAGCAUCGUAGCCAUCUCGCUCAACAUCAUGCAGAAGGUGCAUCCCGUCAUCUGGUCCCUCAGCAACCUACCCUUUGAUUGCACGCAGGCCCUGGCUGUGCCCAAGCCCAUUGGUGGUGUGGUGAUCUUUGCGGUGAACUCUCUGCUGUACCUGAACCAGAGCGUCCCCCCCUAUGGCGUGUCCCUCAACAGCCUCACCAAUGGCACCACCGUCUUCCCCCUCCGGGUCCAGGAGAGUGUGAAAAUCACGCUGGACUGUGCCCAGGCCACAUUCAUCUCCUAUGACAAGAUGGUCAUCUCACUGAAGGGAGGAGAGAUCUACGUCCUGACCCUCAUCACAGAUGGGAUGAGAAGUGUCCGGUCCUUCCACUUCGACAAGGCAGCCGCCAGUGUCCUCACCACCUGUAUGAUCACGAUGGAGCCAGGCUACCUGUUCCUGGGCUCGCGGCUUGGAAACUCCCUCCUGCUCAAGUACACAGAGAAGCUGCAGGAAACACCCAUGAACAUGGCCAAGGACCCUGCCGAUAAGCAGGAGGAGCCCCCCAUGAAGAAGAAGCGAACGGAGUCAUCUGGGACCUGGGCUGCAGGGGGGAAGUCGGCGCCACAGGACGAGGUGGAUGAAAUCGAGGUGUAUGGCAGCGAGGCCCAGUCCGGCACACAGCUCGCCACCUACUCCUUUGAGGUGUGUGACAGCAUCCUCAACAUUGGCCCCUGCGCCAACGCUGCCAUGGGUGAGCCUGCGUUCCUCUCCGAGGAGUUCCAGAACAGCCCUGAGCCAGACCUGGAGAUCGUGCUGUGUUCGGGCUACGGCAAGAACGGGGCCCUGUCUGUCCUGCAGAAAAGCAUCCGGCCCCAAGUGGUGACGACCUUCGAGCUCCCAGGCUGCUACGACAUGUGGACGGUGAUCUCGCCCCAAAAAAAAGAGGAGGAUGAGGCCACCAAGGGGGAGAGCACGGAGAAGGAGCCCAGCCCGCCAGAGUCUGAGGACGACGGCAAGCGGCACGGUUUCCUCAUCCUGAGCCGCGAAGACUCCACUAUGAUCCUGCAGACUGGGCAGGAGAUCAUGGAGCUGGACACGAGCGGCUUUGCCACGCAAGGCCCUACCGUCUUUGCUGGCAACAUUGGCGAGAACCGUUACAUAGUCCAGGUGUCGCCCCUGGGCAUCCGCCUGCUGGAAGGAGUGAACCAGCUGCACUUCAUCCCUGUGGACCUGGGCUCCCCCAUUGUACACUGCGCUGUGGCCGACCCGUACGUGGUGAUCAUGAGUGCUGAGGGGCAGGUGACCAUGUUUGUGCUGAAGAGCGACACGUAUGGCGGCCGCACGCACCGCCUCACCCUGCAGAAGCCACAGCUGCACCUUCAAUCAAAGGUGAUCGCGCUGUGCGUGUACCGAGACGUGAGCGGCAUGUUCACCACGGAGAGCCGGGCAGCCAGCUCCCGCGAUGACCUGUCCCUUCGCAGCCACUCAGAGGCCGAGACGGUCAUCCAGGACAUCAGCAACACCGUGGAUGAUGAGGAGGAGAUGCUGUAUGGGGACUCGAGCUCGCUCUUCAGCCCCACCAAGGAGGAACCGCGGCGGAGCAGCCUGCCCUCGACCGACAGGGACCCCCACCAGUACAAGGUGGAGCCCACACACUGGUGUGUGCUGGUACGGGAGAACGGAGCCAUGGAGAUCUAUCAGCUGCCUGAGUGGCGCCUGGUCUUCCUGGUGAAGAACUUCCCCAUGGGGCAGCGGGUGCUCGUGGACAGCUCCUUCGGGCAGCCCACGGCCCAGGGCGAUGCCAAGAAGGAGGAGGUGACGCGCCAGGGGGAGAUGCCCCUGGUGAAGGAGGUGCUGCUGGUGGCUCUGGGCAACCGUCAGACCCGGCCCUACCUUCUGGUCCAUGUGGAUCAAGAGCUGCUGAUUUACGAGGCCUUUGGCCACGACUCUCAGCUGGGCCAGAGCAACCUGAAGGUCCGGUUCAAAAAGGUCCCCCACAACAUCAACUUCCGGGAGAAGAAGCUGAAGCAGUCCAAGAAGAAGUCGGAGAGCGCAGGGGGCGAGGAGGCGGGCGGUGCCCGGGGUCGGGUUGCCCGCUUUCGCUACUUUGAGGACAUCUACAGCUACUCAGGGGUGUUCAUCUGUGGGCCGUCCCCACACUGGCUGCUGGUGACAGCCCGGGGGGCCCUGCGCCUGCACCCCAUGACCAUCGACGGCACCAUCGAGUCCUUUGCUCCCUUCCACAAUGUCAACUGCCCCAAGGGCUUCCUCUACUUCAACCGGCAGGGCGAGCUGCGGAUCAGCGUCCUGCCUGCCUACCUGUCCUAUGACGCGCCCUGGCCUGUGAGGAAGAUCCCGCUUCGCUGCACCACGCACUAUGUGGCCUACCACGUGGAGUCCAAGGUCUACGCAGUGGCCACCAGCAUCGUCAACCUCUGCACCCGCAUCCCCCGCAUGACAGGCGAGGAGAAGGAGUUCGAGACCAUCGAGCGGGAUGAGCGCUACAUCCACCCGCAGCAGGAGGCCUUCUCCAUCCAGCUGAUCUCCCCAGUGAGCUGGGAGACCAUCCCCAAUACCAGGAUCGACCUGGAGGAGUGGGAGCACGUAACAUGCAUGAAGACUGUGUCGCUCAAGAGCGAGGAGACAGUGUCAGGCCUGAAGGGCUACAUUGCUGUCGGCACCUGCCUAAUGCAGGGGGAGGAGGUCACCUGUCGGGGCCGGAUCCUGAUCAUGGACAUCAUCGAGGUGGUGCCGGAACCAGGGCAGCCGCUGACCAAGAACAAGUUCAAGGUGCUGUACGAGAAGGAGCAGAAGGGCCCCGUGACGGCCCUGUGCCACUGCAAUGGUUACCUCGUGUCGGCCAUUGGCCAGAAGAUCUUCCUGUGGAGCCUGAAGGACAACGACCUGACGGGCAUGGCCUUCAUCGACACCCAGCUCUACAUCCACCAGAUGAUCAGCGUCAAGAACUUCAUCCUGGCCGCCGACGUCAUGAAGAGCAUCUCGCUGCUGCGCUACCAGGAGGAGAGCAAGACCCUCUCGCUUGUCAGCCGGGAUGCCAAGCCGCUGGAGGUGUACAGCGUGGACUUCAUGGUGGACAGCAGCCAGCUGGGCUUCCUGGUGUCUGACCGGGAUCGCAACCUGCUGGUGUACAUGUACCUCCCCGAAGCCAAGGAGAGCUUUGGGGGGAUGCGGCUGCUGCGCCGGGCUGACUUCCACGUGGGCGCCCACGUUAACACCUUCUGGCGCACGCCAUGCCGCGGCACCUCUGAGGGGCCCACCAAGAAGUCCAUCGUCUGGGAGAACAAGCACAUCACCUGGUUUGCCACGCUGGACGGCGGCAUUGGGCUACUGCUGCCCAUGCAGGAGAAGACGUACCGGCGCCUGCUGAUGUUGCAGAAUGCCCUCACCACCAUGCUGCCACACCACGCCGGCCUCAACCCCCGCGCCUUCAGGCUACUGCACAUGGACCGGCGCAUCCUGCAAAACGCUGUGCGCAACAUCUUGGACGGGGAACUGCUCAACCGCUACCUCUACCUGAGCACCAUGGAGCGUGGCGAGCUGGCCAAGAAGAUCGGCACCACGCCUGACAUUAUCCUCGAGGACUUGCUGGAGAUUGACCGUGUCACAGCUCACUUCUGAUGGACUCUGUGCAGCUGCCCUGAGCCCCCCAUGCCCGGGGGGCAGGCAGACAACACCAGCCCCCAGCCCUGCUCAGAUGGACGCUCUUUUCUACAGGGGGGCGCAGUGCCACCCCUUCCCACCUUCACUUUGUACGGACCAGGAUUUGUAAAGAAAAGGCAAAACCCCA